AUGGAUGGGAUGACAACAGGGAACAUGAGGACGAUGGUAAUGGGGAACACGAGACGGGAUGGUGCUGACAAUGACAAUGAAAAUGUGAGGCCCAAUGGAGAAAAGCAUGACAUUGAUGAAAUGAGGAUGUACGAGCAGGGUAGGAAGGAAUGCUAUGAGGAGGGCAGUUGGGCUGACCAGGGUGAUGAGAUGGAUGGUCCAGGUGGUGGUCCAGAUGAUGCCAGUGAUAGCAAAAAGGGUGAUGAGCUGUUCAUGUUUCCGGGCAUGGAUAUAGAUCAAUAUCAUACAUGUUGGUUCAUUCAAUUCUUUGACCUAUCUAACUAUUCACAUGCAGGGCCAGGAAUCCCCGAACUCGAUGACCCCCGCCUUCGCAAGCGCAGAUUAACGCCAGAAGGAUAUCACACUGACACAGAUGAUGAACAGCAUGCACCUCCCAUGAAACGGCAUGUGAUAUUGCCCAGGUCACCCUUAACUAGUGAGGAUGAAGGAGCACACACACCUCCUGACAGCCAGUACCUCACAAUAACCAACACAGGAGGCCAUCAGCUCCAGCGACUAACUGCAAUACUGUCUAUUGACCCUCCAAUCAACCUUCCAAUUGACACUCCAAUUGACAAUCCAAUCAACCUUCCAAUCAACCCUCCAAUCAACACUCUUCCAAUCAACCCUCCAAUUUUGGAAGCACAACCAUCUGGUCGCCGUCAAUGUAGCGAUGUCCUUUGUCAGCACCAAGAAAAGAAUGGGUGUCCUAGGUCCCCUGAUCUAGACUAUUUGCAAGAACUUCGCCAAAGAGGUGAGGAUCAUAUCAAAGAAGGCAAGGAAGACAAAGAAGAACAGACCGAGGAUGAUAACAAUGACGAUGACAAUAACGAUGAAGUCCAGCCUGCAAGGAACAGCCGCAAAUGGUCAAAAGGCCCCAUCCCAACGUAG